AUGGCGUUCGUCGCGCGCUCGUUCAAUGCCUGGGCCGCGGCUAAUCCGGUCUCCGCGGCGUGCUUCUUCGGCGGCGGCAAGAACGUCGGCGUCGACGCCUGCGUGCAGCUCGCGACGGCGGGCGGCGACGUACGACAGAUGGAUCUGCGGCGCUCGGCCUGCUUCCUCGCCUUUGGCACGCUCUGGAUCGGCGGCGCGCAGUACUACAUUUUUAACAAGCUGAUCCCGCGGCUCGUGCCCGCCAUCAACGCGCCGAACCCGACCUUUGCCACCGCUCUGAAAGCCGGCGCGUGGGACUGGGCCGUGCACAUGCCCCUCUUCUAUCUGCCCGUCUUCUACUGCGUCCGCGAGGUGGCCACGAAGCCGGAGCUCGGCGCGGACGCGAUCCCGAGCGGCAUCGCGUGCUGGCGGGAGAACAUCCUCGUCGACUCGGUCAAGCGCGGCGGCCGCGUCCAAAAGACCUUCGUCCUGGAACCGCGUCGUAGGUCGACGAUGAUCUUCGGGCCGGUGCAGACGCUCAACUUCUGGCUGAUGCCGACGCACCUGCGCGUCCCGACGGUCGUCACCGCCGCCAUCGCACCCGCAAUCUCGACCAUGCACGUCAUCAUCCGCGCGACCGUACUUUCCUGCGCCUUCACCUUCGCCACGGCGGCGGGGGGCGUCAAGCUGAACAAGAAGGCCUACCCGGUCGAGGCCGUGGUCGCGAUCUUCAAGGACUUCCAUCCGACGGCCUCGGAAGCCGAUCUCGCCGGGAUCGCGCUGGCGCUCAAGGGCCUCGAGGCGUCCGACACGAGCCCCGAGGCGGCGGGGGGCGUCAAGCUGAACAAGAAGGCCUACCCGGUCGAGGCCGUGGUCGCGAUCUUCAAGGACUUCCAUCCGACGGCCUCGGAAGCCGAUCUCGCCGGGAUCGCGCUGGCGCUCAAGGGCCUCGAGGCGUCCGACACGAGCCCCGAGGCGGCGGGGGGCGUCAAGCUGAACAAGAAGGCCUACCCGGUCGAGGCCGUGGUCGCGAUCUUCAAGGACUUCCAUCCGACGGCCUCGGAAGCCGAUCUCGCCGGGAUCGCGCUGGCGCUCAAGGGCCUCGAGGCGUCCGACACGAGCCCCGAGGCGGUCCCGUCCGACGACGCCGAGGACGCGGACGUCGAUGGCGACGACGAGAAGAACUGCGCCUGGGUCGGCAAGAAGAAGGCGAAGCGCUGUACGGGCAAGGUCAAGUCCGAGGGUGGCGUCCUGGCCAGCGUCGCCUGCCCCGUGGCCUGCGACACCUGCCUGGCGACCUGCGUCGAGGGGCCGUCGUGCGCGGACUCGACGACAUGGCACCAGGGCUGGAAGAAGUCGAAGACCUGCGCGUGGGUCGGCAAGUCGCCCGCGAAGCGCUGCGACAAGGAGUCCAAGUCCAAGGACGCGGCGCACCCGGCCGUCGCCGCGGCGACGGCGCGGCGCGCGGCGCUCGCCGAGGCCGCGGCCGCGCGCGACGCCGCGCGGGCCGAGUGCGCGCGCGCGGCCGCGGGCGACGGCGAGGCCGCCUGCGAGGCCGCGCUCGUCGCCGCCGCGGCCGCCGGCGUGGCCGCCGACGACGCCGACGUCGCCGCGGCCAAGGGCCGCCUCGACGCGCUCGUCGCCGCGCGCGAGCGCCGCCUCGCCGCGGAGAAGGAGCUCGCGCGCGCGGCGCGGUCCGAGACGCUGCCCUGGGUCGAGAGCGCGCUCCGGAGCGCGGAGCGCGCGGGCGUCGACGGCGGGUCCGCGGCCCUCGCCGCCGGGCGGCUGAAGCGCGACGAGCUCAAGCGCCGAGCCGCCGCGCGCGCGGCCGCGGCGGCCGCGCUCGGCGCCGCGGCGACGAGCGACGACGCCGCGGCCAUCGACGCGGCCCUCGACGAGGCGCUCCGCUGCGGCGUCGGGCCCGGCGAGGACCUCGUCGUCGAGGCCAAGGCCGCGCGGGACCGGCUCCGCACGCGCGGGGCCGCCGAGGACGCCCUGGCGGCCGCCGUCGCGUCGGGCGACGCGGACGCGAUCUCGCACAUCCUCGACUUCUUCCGCUACGCGAGCCCGGAGACGCGCCCGUCGCCGGCGUCGAUCGCGCGGGCGACGGCCCUGCGCGACGAGCUCGUCUACAAGGCCGAGCUCCUCGCGGCCGCGCUCGCGAACCUCGCCGCCGCGGCCGGCCGCCGCGACGCGGAGCUCGUCGCCGCGUGCCUCGAGGCCGCGCUCGACGCGGGCGCCGAGGACGGCGCCGUCGCCCUCGAGGACGCGCGGGCCGUGCGCGCGGCGGUCCUGCGCGAGCGCGAACGCCGGGCCGACGCCGAGCGCGCGCUCGCGGCGGCGACGGAGGCCGGCGACGAGGCGGAGCUCGCGGCCGCGGUGUCGGCCGCCGAGGCCGCGGGCGUCGCCGACGACGCCGCGACGCUGCGCGGCGCGCGGGCGGCGCUCGCCGCCGUGCGGGAGAAGCUCGCCGCGGAGCGGGCGGCGGCGGCGCGCGAGGCCGCCGCGCGCGACGCGCUCGAGGCCGCGGCCGCGGCGGGCGCGCUGGGGGAGCUCGACGCGGCCCUGGCCGAGGCCGCCGCCGCGGGCGUCCCCGCCGACGACGCCGCCGUGGCCGCGGCCGAGGCCGCGCGCGCCGCGGCGCUCGAGCGCGCCGCGCGCCGCGCGGAGCGCGCCGCGGACCUCGACGCCGCGGUCGCCGCGCGCGACGCCGCGGCGCUGCCGGCCGCGGUCGACGCGGCCCUCGCCGCGGGCGUCGCGGCGGACGACGCCCUCGUCGUCGCGGCGCGGGACCUGCUCGCGCGCCACGCGGCGCACGCGGAGGCCCUCGCCGCGCUCGCCGACGGCGACGACGCGGCCGCGCUCGCCGCGGCCGUGCGCGCGGCGCGCGCGGACGGCGUCGCCGAGGCCGCGCCGGCGCUCGUCACGGCGGUCUUCGCCCUCGAGAAGCUCGAGCGCAAGGCCGCCGUCCUCGCGGACCUCGACGCGGCCGUCGCCGGCGGCGACGGCGCCGCGCUCGACGCGGCGCUCCGCGAGGCCGCGGAGGCGGGGCUCCGGCCGGGGACGCCCGCCGCACUCGCAGACUCAACCAUGCACGUCAUCGUCCGCGCGCUCUUGCUUCCCUGGAUCGUCACCUUCGCCGCGGCGGCGGGGGUCGUCAAGCUGAACACGAAGGCCGACCCGGUCGAGGCCGUGGUCGAGGUCUUCAAGCACCUCCAUCCGGCGGCCUCAUCGGCCGCGCUCGCCGUCGCGAAGAACGGGGUCGCGUCGGUGCUCAAGGGCCUCGAGGCGUCCGACACGAGCACCGAGAACGUCGCGUUCGAGGACGAGAACGAGCGCCGGCGCGCCGCGGCCGAGCAGUCCGAGCGGCGCGGCGCGUGCUCCGACAUCACGAGCCGCGAGGUGUGCAAGAACGCCGCGAACAAGGCCGACUGCUCCUGGAGCAAGAGCCGCGAGAAGUGCAAGAGCAAGCGCAAGAAGUGCGCCGAGGUCAAGAACAAGAAGACGUGCCACAAGAAGAAGUACGCGAACAUCUGCGCGUGGAGCUUCAAGAAGGAGAAGUGCCGGAACGCCAAGUGCGAGGAGAUCGACGACGAGCGCGACUGCAUGUCCGAGGGCGCGCGGAAGAGGGGCUGCAAGUGGAAGAACAACCAGAAGCGCUGCAUCGUCGACAAGAACGCCGGCGGCGGGGGGUCGGACAGCUUCACCGAGUCGACGUCGACGAGCGCGUUCGCGGGGGCCUCGUGCGCCGCCCAGGACCAGCAAAUCGUCGCGUUGAACGCGAACAUCACGAACCUCAACGCCACCAAGGAUGCCGAGCUCGAGACCAGCGCCGCCGCGCUGGCGGAGGCGACCGCGGGCAAGGCCGCCGCCGAGGCCACCAUCGCCACCAAGGACGUCGAGCUCGAGACCAGCGCCGCCGCGCUCGCGGACGCGAUCGAGAAGCAGGAGACCUGCGAGGCCACGGUGCAAUCGCUCGAGGAGGCGAACGCCUCCGGGGAGGGCUGCCCGACGCCCGCGCCGACGCCCGAGCCGACGCCCGCGCCGACGCCCGCGCCGUCGGUCUCUCCGACGCCCGCGCCGACGACGCCCGCGCCGACGACCGCGCCGACGCCCGCGCCGUCG